AUGAAGAUCCUCUACAAAGUCGACAAAUCGGAUGUCGAGAAGCAAGAGAAGAGUUUCGCGGUGCCGUUCGAGGUACCGGAAGUGACUUUUCCCGGAGUUACGGCGGAGGAGAUUUCGUCGUGGAGGGCUGCUCUUGCCACAGCAUCCAACAUUCUCGGCUAUGUAGUCAAAGAAAUUAGCACGUCUGAAGCAAAACUUGUGGAUGAAAUUGCUGUUGACACAUUCAAGAAGCUGAAUGAUUUGGCUCCAAGUGGGAACGAAGGUCUUGUGGGAGUCGAAUCGCGUCUACGGAUUCUAGAAAAGCUUUUAUCAUGCAAUGAGUUGGAUUCUGUUCAAAUCAUUGGCAUUGUUGGGAUGGGUGGGAUUGGUAAAACUACUCUUGCUGAUUGCUUGUAUGGACGGAUGCGAGGACAAUUCGACGGUAGCUGCUUUCUUACAAACAUCCGUGAAAAUUCAGGUAGAAGCGGAUUAGAAUCUUUGCUGCAGAAACUCCUCUCUACACUACUAAAUGAUAGAGAUCUUGAGAUUGGAGCUCCUGGAUAUGCACAUGAGAGAUUUGAGCGCCGGCUUAAGAGCAAGAGGCUGCUUAUUGUGCUUGAUGAUGUGAAUGAUGAAAAGCAAAUAAGAUAUCUUAUGGGGCAUUGCAAAUGGUAUCAAGGAGGAAGUAGAGUUAUUAUAACUACUAGAGACAGUAAACUGAUCGAGACUAUCAAAGGACGGAAAUAUGUGCUCCCAAAAUUGAAUGAUAGAGAAGCCCUGAAACUCUUUAGUCUGAAUGCAUUUAAUGGUUCUUGCCCUUCGAAAGAGUUUAAGAGUUUGACAAAUAUGGUUCUGGAUUAUGCUAAAGGCCACCCUUUGGCUCUUAAAGUGUUAGGAUCUGAUCUUUGUGAGAGGGAUAAUCUGUACUGGGAAGCUAAGCUGGAUAGACUGAAGAGUAUAUCACAUGGAGAUAUAUACGAAGUUCUGGAAACAAGCUAUGAGGAGCUUAACUUUGUGCAGAGGAAUGUUUUUCUGGAUAUUGCAUGUUUCUUCAGAUCAGAGAAGGUGGAUUACGUGAGAAGCGUUCUGAACGGUCAUGGUGUCGAUGUGUCUAGCGUGAUAGAGGAUCUAAUUGACAAGUGUUUGAUUACUCUUUCUAAUAAUCGCAUCGAGAUGCAUGACAUGUUGCAGACGAUGGGCAAGGAGAUAAGCUUAAAAGCAGAAACCAUAACAAUAAGUGACUUUAGGUGGCUAUCACAGUAUGGCAUCCAUAGCAAAUGGUAUAUCAGACUAUGGGAUAGUGCAAUUUCGUGA